AUGGCCUUGCCGAUGAAGAAGACCGUGAAGAAGGCAAUGAAGGCCAGCCCCAUGAAGGCCUUGGCCAUGAAGGGAAUGAAGGCAGGUCCUGCAAGACUGCGAUUUGAGCUGAUAGCCGCAAUGAAGAAGAAAGCCGUCAGCAAGAUCGCCCACGGCAAGCUGGCGAAGAUGGUCGUCUUCAAGGGUCGCAAGGAGAAGACUUCGUCCGGCCUGCAGAAGGCACAGCUCAUGAAGAACAAGCGCGGCAAGGUUGUCAGCAAGAAGCAGCAUGCAAAGGGCCAGGCGCUUUUCAAGAAGUUCGCGCAGGGCUGGCUCGAUGCUGUCAUGACCGCGAGGAAGGAGCUGGGGAUUAAGGGCUUCUGCGCUGUUGGCGGAAAGAGCGCUCAGGGCAAGGCGCUCUAUGCCAAGGCCAAAGCGCUGUACACAUCUCGCGAGCUUUUCUUGAAGCUCAAGUUUCGAGAAGUGGUGGACGAAGCGCUGCAUGAUGAAGUGCGCAAAGUCAAGCCUUCACCGUUGCACUGGGACGUGUCCCGGCACCUGGCAGAUUUGGGAGAGGCUCAUCGUAACUCCUUCCGCUGGGGCCCACUCUACAUCGACAUCGGCCUCGAGCAGCUGGAGGUGGAUGAGCGAAGGCGAUGCUUGAUGGUCGAUGGCCCAUCAUCUUUCUACUAUUGUAGCGAUCAGUACUUGCCGGCAAAGCACCUGCAACACGAGAUGCUGACCUCGCUGGGCUGGGAUGUCCGGCGGGUGCGCUGGGACGACUGGCUGGAGUUGGGCAACGAUGACGCUAGGAAGCGGCAGUAUCUGCAGAUGCUCUUGGCGGACACGCGGCCAGUGGCCGAGGAGUUGCGAGACCGUGCUCCGCUCCCAACCGACGAUGUGCGAGAGAAGCUGAGGCAGUUCCGCGCCCUCCAGGCUGCCAAGGAAGCCGCAGAGGCCGCCAUGGGCUCAGCUCCCCGCUUCCGCGCAGGCAAGGCUCCCACGCCAGGCCCAGGGCAGUACCGGCAAGCCAAGAGCCUGUCAGGUCCGAGCUAUAGCUUCGGAAAGCCGGUGACGGUGAAGCCGAAGGGCACACCAAGGCAGCAAUCAGAGCAUCCCAGGCUUCCCAAGGUGCAGAAAGACCAGCUGACGCUGUUGGCGCAGCUUGGCCGCGGUGGGCUUGCGACCGUGCACAGAGCACGCCUCUCCGGCAAGGAGUUGGCAGUGAAGCUUGUCCGCUCUCAGCCUGGGCUCCAAAACCCGGAGCAGGACCGCGAAGGCCUGCACAAAGAGGCUCUGCUCCUCGCCGGCCUAAACCACGCCAACAUCGUGCGGGCAGUGUGCUUGGUCACCGAGGAGGGCGCAGUCAUCGGCUUUGGCCUGGAGCUCCUCGGCCUGUCCCUCGAAGCUGCCGCGCAGAGCGGCCAGCUGAGCCCUCAGCGCCUGGCAAGUGCCGUGGCGCCCAUUUGCACGGCCCUGGCACACAUGCACCAGCGGCUGAUCGCCCACCUGGAUGUGAAGCCAGCAAACAUCUGCUUCACGGCCCAGCUUACGGGCGUGAAGCUGGUCGACCUGGAUGCAGCGAUGCCCUUGCAACAUCAAGAUGAGGUGGGCCAGCGCCUUCCCGGGAACGUCGCAGCCUGGUCUCCGGAGAUCGCCAAGAAACAGCCGUACAGUCCUCUGGCCGAGGACGGCUACCAAGCCGGGUGGACCUUCUCGAAGCUCAUCGAGGUUACACAAGGAUCGCCCGACGAAGUGCUGCUGAGGCGUCUGCAGCCAUUGCUUGGCCCUGCCGAGUCACGGCCGAGCAUGCAGAAGAUGCUGGAUGAGAACCUCAGGCAGCCAGAGGAGCGGGUCAGAGAGCUGUUGCAGCUCGAAGGGCGCCCAGUCCUCCUUGGGGCACGGCCCGUCUGCUAUGCGCAUGGCUCUGAGGAUGUGUUGUGCUUCCCAGCUGAAGUAGAUGAAGAAGGGCUGGCGAGCUUCCAGAAGCAUCACCUCCAGAAGUCUUUGGCCAGCUACCCAUCCUCAAAGACCCCAAGACAUCCCAAGACGUUCCAUGAGGUCCACUGGGUGCGUCUUUCGAUCGGUCUGUGGUCAGUGUCGGAGAGGGCUGGCAGGAGUUGGCUUCUUCUCAGGAACAAGUACGCUGGAGCAGUUGGAGACUCCGCUCUCUUCGAAGAAGGCUCCAUCCUCCAGCUGGGGCUGCUGUCUUCGAACCCGGCUGCCUUCGGCGAGUCUUUCGCUGCUGACUUCACCAUCGAGCAGAAUGAGCCUGUGGGGCUUGUGCUCUGGUCAAAUCUCUGUGCCCUUCGAAGGUCCGGUGAUCCCGUACCGUCAUCCUCGCAGGGAGGCAUUGACCAGCCCAGGAGCUGCAUGCCCCUCCGUCGGGUGAUCUACGGGAAGCCCUUCCUCUUGCUGCCUGACGUCGUUCUCAUGCUGACAGCUCAGGGCACGGACGAGGGCUCUGCUCAGACAGCUUUUUCCCGAAUGGCAGUCAAGAAGGGCGAGGCAGUGUACCACUGCUACAUAGACGUCUUUGCUGAGACAUCGGGCCAUCUCACAUGGGACAAGGAGCUUGUCGUGGGGGGCAGCCUGACGACACAACAUCUCUUCAUCAAGGACAAGGAUAGCAAACACAGCAGCCAGUACUUCAAUCAGGGUGACUGGAUGCUGGAUGCCCGGUCCUGGGAUGAGCCCUUCGAUUGGCGACUCCGGCUCCCGUCUCACCAGCACAUGCCGGAAGCGCUGAACCCGGGGCACUUCACACACCACGAUUACAGCGACAAUCUGCACUCCUUUUUUCGGCCCGUGGGGUAUCGGAUCCGAGUUCGCCAGGACCGGGACUCGAAAACCUUGGCGAUUGCGACUUGGACUUCCGGCACACUUGUGUGCCAGCAAGAUGGAGGUCUCCAUAGCCGACCCGGACAAGGAAAGGGUCAUCUUCAAGCUGGAGCCAACAAGAGCCGUAACUGUGAUCCGAUGUGGCACCAAGCUGGUGUCCCUUCUGGUGUCCCUUCCGCCUACAAGAUGAAAAAGGACGGAAGCUGCACGCUGGCGUUGCCGCAUGGCGAGCAGGUGAGCCAGCAGGUGAGCCUCUGUGCUGCGGAGGCCCGGCGAUCCUUGAAGGCAAUCGACGAGAUCUUUGAGCAGGCCAAAUUUGAUCAGGAGUCGGAGGGGAAGGAGAAUUGCACGAAAAACGUCCUUGUCAUCCGCUUCGACAGAGACGUCCAGGUAGUGUGGGCUGCCCCAGAGCGCAUCUCCUCUUGGGGCGAGCCUGGACAACUUCUCUUCGUGGUGAAGCUGGAUUCUUCCGAUGCGCUGGUUCCUGUGCGGGUGCCCUGCUUCGACUUGCUCUUCGAACUGGAGACUGCGUGGUUCCCUUGCAAGACUUUGGCAGGCCUCCAUGGCGUGAAGAGUGAGCAGCUCAAGACAGUGGUCAAAGCUUCACCCCAGCAACAUCCACCCUGCGCGGGCUUCCAGCGGGAUGGCGGAGCACAUCGCCGUCGGCCGGCGGGCACCUGGCUCCCAUCCAAGAUGGUGAUGGCCGCGGCGCUGCGGAAGCACGUGAAGCUGCGGUUCGGCCACUCCAAGCGCAUCCUGGUGCUCAGGGAGGAGCCCAGCUCGGCGACAUCAUGUGGGGCUACGGUAAGAGCAGCUUCCUGGACGCCAGCUUCUACCGGGAGAGCUGCCCCCACGAUCAAGGAGCAGGUGCCCAACUUCCAGUCCCACGCGCUGAUGUCCCUGAUGUGGUGCUUGAAGCGGAUCCGUUGGCACGACGGUCACCUGAACCGGGCGGCGGCGCAGCAUGCCCUGGACAGCAUUGAGGCCCUGAGGCCCUCCGACUUCAUCAAGGUCACCAAUGCCCUGGCGCUGCUCGGGCUCCGCGACACCGGUCUGCGAGAGGCUCUGUCCCGUGUCGCGGUGCCAAAGCUCGAGGAGACCUUUGCGCAGCAGUUCCGCGACGCCGUGAAUCCCGUCACCAUCGGAAAGCUGUGGAACGACGAGGUGACAGCAUAUCUUCUGGAGCGCUUCCGGAAGAUCUUCAUCACCGCGCGGCCCAUGCAUUUGUUGAAAGCGUACGAGUCUGCAGUGGUGUGCCGCAUCCAGCGUCUGCAGGUUUGGCGGAUGCUGUCGAAAGACUCCAAGUCCUUCUAUGUGCGGCUCUCCCAGAGGCACAUUCCCGACAAGGGAAAGGAGCCUUCACCGUUGCACUGGGACGUGUCCCGGCACCUGGCAGAUUUGGGAGAGGCUCAUCGUAACUCCUUCCGCUGGGGCCCACUCUACAUCGACAUCGGCCUCGAGCAGCUGGAGGUGGAUGAGCGAAGGCGAUGCUUGAUGGUCGAUGGCCCAUCAUCUUUCUACUAUUGUAGCGAUCAGUACUUGCCGGCAAAGCACCUGCAACACGAGAUGCUGACCUCGCUGGGCUGGGAUGUCCGGCGGGUGCGCUGGGACGACUGGCUGGAGUUGGGCAACGAUGACGCUAGGAAGCGGCAGUAUCUGCAGAUGCUCUUGGCGGACACGCGGCCAGUGGCCGAGGAGUUGCGAGACCGUGCUCCGCUCCCAACCGACGAUGUGCGAGAGAAGCUGAGGCAGUUCCGCGCCCUCCAGGCUGCCAAGGAAGCCGCAGAGGCCGCCAUGGGCUCAGCCGCGGAUCUCCUUACGUUUUCGCCCUGA